AUGACAAUUAAACUACCUGCAAUUGAACACAACGAAUUUAAAAUGAAUAUAGACGAAAGGAAAUGUAAUAAUAUCAUUUAUAAAAAUAAUAAUAAUAAUAACAAUAACAAUACAAAUGGAAAUAAUAUACAAAUGAAAUCAUUGAAUGAGGCGUGUUUAAAAUUACCAAAAAUAUUUAGAAAACGUUGGUCACCAACAUCACCAAUGAGUACAAUAAUAAAAAUUUUAAAUCAAUCCAAUCAAAAUCAAGGAAAUUAUCAAUUAGAUAAACAAUUACCUGUGCAUUUAACCUUGAAACAUCAAACAAAUUUAACAAAAUUUAAGCAGGAUACAUUUCAUAAUCCAAUUUUAUUACCAAUAAAUUAUAAUAAAAAAAUUCAUAAGAAGAGGAAUAAUGAAAAAAGGAACUAUAGAAAAGAUUGA